AUUUAUUCAAUAAUAAAAAAUAGCCUAUGCCUUAUGUUAUUACAGAAGGUCAAUCUUAUCAAAUUAGAUCCAUUGUUUUGAACGCGAUUUAAAACUUAUGGAACGCAGGUAAAAACACAGGAGAAGAAUUUAUUAUAAUAACUUGUUAGCAAACAUAAGAAUAACAUCUAUUACCGCAAUACAAAACAUAUAAUCCUAAAAUUCAUACAAAUAAAAAAAGGCAGAAUGUAGAGUUUAUAUUGGUUUUCAAUACGGACGUCGUAUCAACAGCAGCUGUUGAUAAACGACUUUGAUGUGGAGCGCGUGUGGUCAGCUUGGCAAGCCAUCUUAUCUCAUCGUAGACUAAUAAAAAAGCAUCCACAAUAAAACUGUCAAUCUUUAAUUUUUGGGCAAAAUAUCAAGUCUCGUAAACGCGGAACACAUUUUUGUAAGUUUAUUUUUAGUGCAGAGUUUUAACGGGAGAUGUAUUUGUACAGUGGACCGCACACUAUAAUUUAUUUUAAGUCUCUCAUCGCUCAUGUUUCUGGGUCGCAAGAUUAAUUGUUAUAAUAUGUUGGUGUCUGUCACGUCAGGAACUGUAGACGUUUAUAUCCGUAGCGUUGACGUUUUUCCGUUAUUUUCUUCACUUUCGUAAAUCAAGACUACUCUCCACACAUAGGAUAAUAAUCUCCGGACUAGUCUUCCUACGUCAACUCGAAUUGAGAAUGCUGACUGUUCAGUUUAGGGCACGUAAUUUAAUGAUCCCGAAGAAAAGACUUUACCGACUAAUUUUUUCAGUCUUCAAAUACUUAUAUUUUAUUGUUUCUAAUAAGAAACAUGCGAGCUUAGGCUAAAGCUUAGAUUAAAUUUUACUUGAUUUGUUCAUGUAUUUUGUUUUGACGAAUUAGCGAGUGUUUUUUUUAUAAAAAUAACCGUUACCAAAGAAACCAGUACUGGCAAAGCAAAAGCAUAAAAUAAACUGGCUGACAAAAAAAGGUCAUAGCAUAUUGGACAGAUAUCAGAUAGGUCUAGUAGCACAAAAGAAAAACUUCUUAACUAAAAAUCUCAAAACUACUCACCACAACUUGAUCCCAAUAACGCAGGUUAGGUAUUUAAAUAUGAAAAAAAAAUGUUGAAAACCUCGUCCUUUUUAAAUGAGAUUAAAAAAUAUUUCUCAAAAACUUAGUUUUGUUAAAAUCAAAUUACGAUGGAAGAAAACCCAGUGGUGUAAACAUUUUAAAUUGUUUACUGAUUCGAUUAAUAAAUAACUUACGAGAGUGUUCGCUGGUCGCUGUUCGAUUUAUAAACAUCCUGGUCUUGAAAGUCUUAGCAUUGACGUGCAUUAGCUUAAAAAAGGCAUAGACAGGGCAUCGCCUUUAAAAUAAUGCAGUGUAUAAUAUAUUGGAGUAGGAAAAUAUGCAUAAUAAAAAUAAUUCAUUUUUUUAAUCUUGCUGACGAAGCAUCUUGUGCAACGUGUCAGUUAAACUUAAUUAUGAUUUACCGCCUCAUUUAUAGUCUAUAAAUAAAUUAAAAAUUACAAAUCAAUAAGGAAAAUUUAAAAUGAAACUAUACCGUAAUCUUUGCCUGCAACGAUAAUUAUGUUACAAUAAUAAAAACCAUUUGGCGCGUUUUACUAUUCUGACCCAAUUUAUUCUAUAUUGUUUAGCACAAAAUCUUAUCAACACAAACUUUAGUAGUACUAUGGCUUUCCAUUUUAUUGAUAGUUAAACAAUCAAACCCGGCUUUUAGGUCGUAACGUGCAAUAGUAAACUAAACAUAAAUCGAGAACCCGACGCACAUUACGUCAGAUUCGACACGUGAGCUGGCUCCAUGGAACAGAUGAGAUUUAUUAUUUCCAGUGGCUAUUUUCAUAUCGGGUCAUGUACAUCGAUGUCGGCUGGAUUGGCGGCGUCAGUCAGCCGCGGCGCGCUGCUGGACCCACCAUGCCCUGCAGUGUUCCAGCACUCCAUCCGCAGUCGCGACAUGGCGCACUCGACUGCCGAAGAAACUGCUUCCUUGAUGGAAUACCUUGAAGAGUCAGCAGACCCCAUUUGGACCAUCAAGCAAUCGCCCAUCAGCGGCAGAGGCUUAUUUGCAACACAAAAAAUUAGGAAUGGCACCCUCAUCUUCAAGAAUAAGCCAUUGAUCAUAGCUGCUCGAGCCGAUCGUGCUGGUGACACUUAUUGCUCCGUGUGUUAUAAAAUCAGUGAUACCUGCUACAAUUGUGAGAAAUGUUUUUUGCUAAUUUGCUCUGAGGGCUGCAAAUCGUCUUCCGAACACAAUGCAGAAUGCAACUUUAUAAUAAACAAUUGGAAACCAAAAUCAGGAUGUGACAAGCAUUCAGAUAUUCUCAAAAUAAUGCAAAUUUAUUUACGCUUCCUACUUUUACCGGACAAACGAAAGAUGCUACUAUCUAUUUUACAAAAGUCUACAAGUGACUCCAAGAUUGCCGAGUUAGAAUUAUUGUGUUCGAGGUAUGAAAUACCUGAUAAACACAUUAGUUUUAUAAAAUUAAUUCAUUCGAUUAUUAAAAUAAAUUCAUUUCGAAUUGCUAGCAACCCUGACAACAAUAAAAUACCUUUAAGAGGUCUUUACCCUCUAUCGGCAUUUCUCAAUCAUUGUUGUUUACCGAACACGAGAAAUGUGUUUGAUACCGACUAUACCAUGGCCGUCUAUGCCACGAAAGAUAUUGGUAUUGGUGAAGAGAUAGUGACCUGCUACACAGGUAUUCUAUGGUGCACUCCGGCAAGGAGAUGUCAGCUAUACAAGACUAAGCAGUUCUGGUGCACGUGUGCAAGGUGUAAAGAUAACACAGAGAUGGGAACGAAGCUGUCAGCACUCAAGUGCUUCAAAAAAGAAUGUGUUGGAAUUCUUCUGCCGAUGUCGCCUUUAGAUCCAAGAGCGGAGUGGAGCUGUGACAACUGUGGGUCUAAGUUCCUACCUGAAAAAGUGAAUGCUAUUCAAAGCAUUCUAGGUAGUUUGGUCGGAUCUUUAGACUUGGACGACCAGUUCCGCUUAGAACCGGCUAUUCUGGCAAGAUUGGCUAACUUCAUUCCCUACACGAAUCAUAUUUUUAUCGAUUUACGAUUAAGAUUAGUGUUGAAAAUCGGAUUUACACAAGGACUGAAGCUUACUGAGCUGUCGGAGUCACGGCUGGCGCUGAAAGAGAGCCUGUGCCGCGGCACUCUGCGCACGGUGGCGGCGCUGGGCGUGGGCGACGCGCACCUCCGCGGCCUGCUUCUGUACCACCUGCACGCCGCGUUGGCAGAACGCGCCAGGCGCUCGCCCGACCUGUAUGAGGAGCUAAAAUCUGAAAUCGAGAGUACUAUAGAGCAAGCCUACUAUAUUCUCCAAGGCGACAUAUCAGCGCCUCCUGACCUAGAAUUGAGACGCCGGUACCUUGGCCCAGGCUGUGAUAAACCCCAAGAAGAAAGAUUUUUUAUCCUUGACGCUUAAUAACUAACGAGAUGUGAUAGGUAGAAUUUAUUAUAUACCUCCAGUAUGUACCCAUAUAUUUAAGAAUGUCAUGUAAUAACUAAAUGUAGAAGCAUAGUCGAAGUCAUAUUGCUACGUAAGCUGAUGAAUGGAACAAACAAUACAUUGAUAUAAGAAGCA